CAUUAUCUCCUCUGCUCUCGCUGUUUUAUGUUGCGGCAUCUGCUCGCGACAAAAAGCAAAUAUCCCUCCAAAAUUAGGGCACCGUGUUGGGCCUUGUGCUAUAGUCGAAAUCUCCAAUGAUCAACUAUCCCUAAAUCAAGUUUCAAGGAUUCAUUUUGUUUAUUCGUACGAAAGAGCUGACAUUUGAGCCUUUGUGACCGAUCCUUUCUAGAUUGGGGCCAAACCUUGGAACUUAAGCUUGGGUACUUUUUGGUUUAUGCAAUUUAGCAGGAUCUUGAGAUUGUUACUGGUGGGGUCCAUUUUUGGUAUUAAAAGCUCGGGAGUUGGGGCCAUGGCUUUCAGUGGAACACAGCAGAAGUGUAAAGCUUGUGAGAAGACUGUGUAUGUGAUGGAUCAGCUUUCAGCUGAUGGGGUAUUGUACCACAAAUCUUGCUUCAAGUGCAACCAUUGCAAAGGCACCUUGAAGCUGGGUAAUUAUUCUUCCAUGGAAGGUGUGCUCUACUGUAAGCCGCACUUUGAACAGCUCUUUAAGGAGACUGGCAGUUUCAACAAGAGCUUUCAGUCACCUGCAAAAUCAGUUGAGAAGCUGACGCCUGAACUGACUAGGUCACCUAGCAAAGCUGCCUCCAUGUUUUCUGGGACACAAGACAAAUGCGCGACUUGUGGUAAAACUGCAUAUCCCUUGGAAAAGGUGACUGUAGAGAGUCAAUCCUAUCACAAAUCCUGCUUCAAAUGCUCCCAUGGAGGCUGCCCAAUCACUCCAUCAACCUAUGCAGCACUCGAAGGCAUUCUUUAUUGCAAGCACCACUUCUCUCAGCUCUUCAAGGAGAAAGGCAGCUACAACCAUCUCAUCAAGUGCGCUACCAUGAAGCGACAAGCUGCUCCCGUUCCAGAGGCUUAACAAUCUGUGUUUUGUGUGAUUUUUCCAGGUUGUAUUCGUUUUGGGCCCGAAAAACUUGGGCCCCCCCGUGUGGUUCAUUUAUGUGGGACGCGAGUUCUGGGUGGUUCAUGGACCGUUAUAUGUGUUUGUUCUGUUUUGUGAGUAUAAUUAUAUGAUGUAGGUGGUAUUUGCAUUGGAUAUAUGCAAAGUUUCCACUACAGUAUUACAUAUGAAAUGGCAUGUUUCACGUGUUCUUGGUUGGCUGCCA